UUGACAGAAAAAGCAGCUGACGACAAAAGUUGUAUGCGUUUUACAUCGAUACUGCAUAUAUGAUGUCUGCCUGUGUCGGAUACUCGCUUGUAAACAGUUGAAGAUUGACGGUUCAUGCACUCAUAUUUUUUCCUGUUUAAGUCAUUGUGAAGAGAGUCAUGGAGGUAUACCACACGGAGGACCAUUAUAUACUACACGACGGGGAUUUCAGCCUUUGGUGCGACCGUGCUCGCGGUACACUGGAGCCUAAGAAGGGUUUGGACUUAUGCUCUGCCUGGAACCCUGUUUGUAUCGGGUGUGUGUAUGGUGUUGUUGGAAAGUUGAUAAUCCAUCCAGAUACAGAUCCAAGACUGAUUCUUAUUCGGAAAAGAAGUUUGGUUGGUAAACUAAACGGUGUACAUGAUGUUUAUAAGAUUGAGAAAGUCACUGUCCUGCCAUUGUCUACAGCAGAACCAGUGGAGCUUGACCUUGGGUUGUGUAAACUUCAUCAUUUCGGGAUGAAGAGGACUCAGAGGAUUACCCACCAGGCUGAAGGAAAACAACAGGCUUUACAGAAAACAUGGAAAACUAUUAAAAGUGCCGCUGAGAAUGUCAAACCAAAAAAGAAGGAACUAAAAGACAGGGACAAAUUUGUCAAGAGGAUUGUUGAUGAGGUGCUGAAGAUGUACAAUGAUAGCGAUUCGUUUUACUACUGUGAGACCUAUGACUUGUCCAACAGUGUGGAGCGUCAACACCAGGAAAACUAUAACCGAUCUGUGCCGAUGUGGAAGAGGACGGAUCCCCGUUUCUUCUGGAAUAGUCACCUUGUCACCGAGCUUGUUAACAUGCAGGCUAGUGAAGAGGAAGUUGAGCUAGCUAGCCAUUGGAUAACUCCCAUCAUCCAAGGAUACUUUCAGCUUGAGAAAUGUACCAUGGAGUUCAUUAACCUAGGGUCAAGCCCUGCUGACCAAAUGGCUCUGCCAGACUUUGGGAACACAAAGAAUAAAGAUCCACUUUACUUCAAUUUGGGGAUCAUCUCUCGCCGGAGUAUCCACAGAGCAGGAACAAGAUCUAAAAAGCGAGGGCUAGAGGAAAGCGGAGCUUGUGCUAACUACGUAGAGACGGAACAGAUUUUGGAGUUCUCCUGCCACACCGUGUCCUUUGUACAAGUAAGAGGGUCCAUCCCAGCGUACUGGAGCCAGACCGGAUUCAAGUACCGUCCACCUCCCAAGCUGGAUCGGGAUGACCAGGAGACCUACGAGGCAUUCAAGGCUCACUUUGAUGAACAGCUUUCUCUCUACCGCUCCAUCGUGGCCAUUAACCUGGCUGAGCUGUGUGGAAAAGAAAAGGCCAUUAGUGAUGCCUACCUUAAACAUCUCCUCACAUACAACUCCCCGGACAUCACCUAUGUCAUGUUCGACUUCCACGAGUACUGUCGUGGUAUGAAAUUUGAAAACGUUUCAAUUUUAACUGAUGGCAUUAAUGAUAUCAUUAAGAAGAUGAGAUAUUGUUGGGUUGACAGAAAGGGAAUGAUUUGUGAACAGCGUGGCGUAUUUCGUGAAAAUUGUGUAGAUUGUCUAGACCGCACCAAUGUUGUACAGACAGCUAUCGCUAGGAUUGUCAUGGAAACACAGUGUAGGAAGCUGGGUAUCCUGGCCCCUGAGGAGAACCUCCCUCAGAGUUGUAAACUCAUCUUCCAACAACUCUGGGCCAACAAUGGUGAUGUCAUUAGUCGUCAGUACGCUGGCACAGCCGCACUCAAGGGUGACUUUACCAGGACUGGUGAACGAAAGUUUACUGGAAUGAUGAAAGAUGGAAUGAACUCUGCUAACAGAUACUACCUCCGAUUCAAGGAUAGUUACCGCCAGGCUUCCAUAGAUCUGAUGCUUGGUCGGCCAGUCACCAUGGAGGAAUUCCUGUUGCUUGGAAACAGUACUCCAGAGGAGGAGGAAGAUGUUGCAGAGCUGAUGGAGAAGGAACAGAAUCUUAAACUGUUGGUAGAGGAUUGUAAAGAGAUGUUGAUUGUGGAGCCAGAACAGUGUCUUGGGGGAUGGAGUCUCAUCAACGCUGACCCUGUGUGUGGUGACCCUGACAGAUCAGACAUGGACGUUAUUCUCCUCCUGUCCCAGAGAGCUGUCUAUGUUGCCUGGUAUGAUGAUGAAGAAGAGCAACUUGUUCAAUAUCAGAGGAUAUUCCUGGAGGACAUAGAAAGUAUUGAGAUUGGUUUAGAACCGUCUCUGUUCAAGUCCAAGUUCGUGUGUAUGAGGUUACACUAUACCAACUUUGCCGAGGAUGGGUUUUUCCACACUUUCCGUACCCCUCGAACACGCCUCUUCAACAACAUGGUUGUCGCUGUCCGGAAUCAAGAGGAGUCACGAGAAUCCCUGAAGGCUAUACACCAAGCGUUUGCUGCAGCAAGACAGAUAUUUUCUCUGGACUUGGAAGCUGUUGACCGACAGAAACUUGACAGGAAAAAAACCAAGCCGCAUCCGGAUGUACAGGACAUCCACAAACAGCAACAGGAAAAUGCCUUGACUGGUAUCCACAUUCCUCGGGAUAUUUCCUCGCCGGACCUCACAUACAAACACAAGGGCCUAGUGUCACCUGACAUCCAAAGGAAAAGGCUUAGUCCGAGCUCUCCUAGUACAAGCGGUGCCACCUCGCCAUCGACUAGUCCUAGCCGACCCCGUCACAAUAUCUUACCAAAUUUUGCAAGUGUCAAGAAAAGUCUGAAUUCAGGAAUCAAACUAAACUUUACUGUGCCGAAGUUUAGUUUGCAAAAUGUGAGUCUAUCAAAAAGGUUCGGAAGCUCGAAAUCAAAAGAGGAUAUUACUGAUGGAAGCAAUAAUUCCAUUGUUGAGACGACUGAUGAGAAGUCGGAGAAAAAAUCAAAAUUGGUGAAAGAGAGAACAUACAGUCAAGAUGACUCAACUGUUGGAACAUCGACGGCAUCAUUUGAUGAGACUAUGCAAGCAGAGGAUGACAACAUUGUGUUGGAUAGUUGUGGAAUCAUCACAAAAGGUCAUCUGGGGUCAAGCCUUGAUGAGACAGAGGGAUCUGCUGAAUGUUUGAAAAAGACAGUAAAAAGCAUUGAUUCGCUAAAGCUUCAACCAGAUGAUGAUGAUAAGACUGAUAAGACAAGUGAUGCAGAUGAAAGUAAGCAGGGAGUUAUCCUCAGCAAGACAGAGGAUGCUGAAGGUGAUGAUGAUGAUGAUGAUGCGUUUUUAGUCAUUGAAGAUACUGAUGUUGAGAAACUCCUCGCAGGCAGUUCGAAGACAGUGCCAAAGAUUCAGACAGAAGAGUCUAAUAUCAAAGUGCCAAAAAUUGUGACGUCAGCAGCAAAAACCCGCAAACUACAACGAAUCAUGGAAAGUCUACAGGAGGACAUCAGUGAUAUGCUGGAGGGAAAGACGUGCCUCACACAGAUUGUCAUUGUAUGACAUCAGCGUACUUUAGACCAAACACCAUUGACUCGACUUCAGACUUAUUAGAUUUUUAGAGUUAAGUAGAUUAUUUAGUAUCUUGUUGAUAAUUUUUAAUUCUACAUUUGUGAUUAUUGAAGGAUAGCAUAAUAUGAACUUAUGCAAUUUGUUGCUUGCAAUAGAACUGUUUACAGAGAAAUGUUAUGAUGCCAUUGUGUUUAAAUCUGUUUGUUGUCCUCAAUUUACCGUGAUCUAGUAUUGGAAUUAGGAGUGCUUACACUUGAUAUAUAUAUUAUUCAUAAUAUUUAAUGUCAUUCUACUUUUACAGAUGUGGAUUUUUAUCUCAAUUUAUUGUAUACAUAUUUCUACACCACGCAACUGAAACCUUAAGGUGUUAUGCUACCUUUCACAUUUUACAUGCAAUAUACAUGCAGAGUUCGCUCCCUUACCUUUAUAAAGUCGGUGUCACCGAGUAAAUCUGAGUUGGAAAGUCAAAGAGAUUUGUUUGCAUGGAAGUCUUUUUCAAAUGAGAUGUUUAUCAUGGUAUGGAUUUAUAACCAUAUUUAAAAAGUAGACUUUUUAGAUGAUUUGAACAAAAUGACAAAAUUUUACUUGACCAUUUUUGUAACUGCCUUUUAAUCCUACAAUAAUCAAGAGAGCUCGGCCAACAUAAAGAACUUACCAGAAUAAAAGUUUGGGUAUGGGCAUAUAUUGCAGAACAAAGAAAAGCAAUUCUUUGCAUUUUUAGGUAUAUUUUUUAUUGGUGGGUAUUGUGGCCGAAUUUUGUCACUAUAUUGGACGGGUUUUGGUUACAAAUAUUGAAUCAUACUAUCAUGACGUCACAGAGAAGGGUUAUAGAUACUGUACAUUAAAAUAGGUUUUCUUUAUAGAUGUAGUGUUAAUGUAGUCCUAUAGCUUUGUGAUUGUCUAGAUUAAAUCUUGGACAUGGCAUAAUUUUACGUGUGUACUGCAUGGCAACCUGUUUAUAUCACACACAGUUUGGCCAUUAAAGUAAUCUUGUAUUCAGACAGACUAAUUAUACCAUCAACUUACCUGUUUUUAUGUAUAUUGACACUUUUAUUUUUUUAGAUGUUGCAAUAUUUUUGUUGUCUUUUUUUAAGUUGUGUUCUUUGCAUUAAAUGUUAUCUAGGUACCAAGUUCAGUAAACUCAUCCAGUACAAAGUACAUUUGUACAAGUGGUGUAGUGAUACUGUAUGUUAACUAAACCAUGUUCCUGUAAUAGUUUAACCCUGAGGUCUGGUCAUGUUUAAGGGCCCAUCACUUGCUGGUUGGAAAUCAAAAGCAAUUUUGUUCAAAAUAAUUACCUUGAGAAUUUUUCAAGGUCAUUGGUAUAUAGAAAUGAAAUUUGACCCUUGAUUUGCUGAUUGAGGUGAAAAUUUUUCAACAUUGUGUAAAUAAACAACCUUGACUUAUCUUCAAGGUCACAGGGAAAAAAUCAUUAUUCAUAAACUGUAUAUAUAUAUAUAAAGUUUAAAUAUCUUCUUCACAAGAUCCAUGCUAAAUGGAAUGACAGGAUUUCAGUUGAAGCUUUUCUAUUUAAUAUCAGGCUAUUGUCUCUCAAGAUGUCACUGGUAGAAACCAUCCAGUAUAAUUAUUCUGUAUUAAUAUAUCAUUUUAACUUCAUAAUAUAGGUAACAUAUACAGGGAAGUAACGAUAAAUCUGAUUGGUUUAAGAAAUACUGAUGUUAAAGGUAACCAUUUUGGCACUUUUUACACCAACAAUGGUUUGAUUUAUUCAUUUUUUUAUUUUCUUAAAAUCUUCAAUAUAUAAUGGAAUUGAUUAAAUCCUCUGUUGACACCUACACAAAUAUGACUGUU